ACAAAACUCUACAUAACUAACUCUAACUCUAAAUAUGCUCUAUCAAAUCGGAUCCAAUCCAAAUAAUAUCUCUUUCCACUCCAACUUCCCUUUCCACUUUUUCCAGUUAUUCAUUAAGCGAAGCUUUCCUAUGCUUUCUUACUAUCAAAACAAUCUCUCAGUAAUAAUUUUUCAGGGUGCAAGAAGUUUUCUUUUUCUAUUUGAAUUUCACAAGAAUUCUGAAACUGUGUUGGGAAAUUGUAGGGCCUUACAUACAAAUUUGACAAAAAGGCUGACCAUGUCUACUCCUGGGGUGCGGUUACAUUUUCAUGGCACUCAUGUAGUGAUGGACAACGGCAUACUCCAGGUUACAUUGUCUGUUCCAGAUGGGAUUGUUACUGGGAUUCGAUAUAAUGGCCUUGACAAUCUUCUGGAAGUUCUUAAUAAGGAAUCCAAUAGAGGGUACUGGGAUCUUGUUUGGAGUGCGCCGGGAAGCAAGGGAAUUUUUGAUGUGAUUAAAGGUACUUGUUUUAGGGUUAUAGUGGAUACUGAGGAACAGGUUGAGCUCUCAUUUACAAGAAUGUGGGAUCCCUCCCUUGAGGGGAAGUUCGUACCAUUAAACAUAGACAAGAGGUUUAUAUUGCUCCGUGGUUCCUCAGGCUUCUACUCUUAUGGAAUAUAUGAGCACUUGAAGGAUUGGCCUGACUUUGACAUUGGUGAAACCAGGAUAACUUUCAAGCUGAGAAAAGACAAGUUUCAAUACAUGGCAAUAGCUGACAACAGACAAAGAUACAUGCCCCUUCCUGAUGAUCGGUUACCAGGAAGAUGUCAAAGCCUAGCAUAUCCAGAAGCUGCCCUACUGGUCAAUCCUAAGCUACGGGAGCUUGCAGGAGAGGUGGAUGACAAGUACCAGUACUCAUGUGAGAACAAAGACAAUCAAGUUCAUGGGUGGAUAUGCACCAACCCACCCAUAGGAUUCUGGCAGAUUACCCCUAGUGAUGAGUUCCGGUCUGGUGGACCCCAUAAACAGAACUUAACUUCGCAUGUCGGUCCCACAACUCUUGCUAUGUUUCUUAGUGCUCAUUAUGCUGGACAAGAUCUGGUGCCCAAAUUUAGAGGCGGUGAACCAUGGAAGAAGGUUUUUGGCCCUGUCUUCAUAUAUCUCAAUUCUGCACGUAUAGGAGAUGACCCAUUUUGGCUAUGGGAGGAUGCUAAAAUACAGAUGAUGACAGAAGUUCAAAAUUGGCCAUAUAAUUUCCCAGCUUCUGAGGAUUUUCAGAAGUCAGAUCAACGAGGCAAUGUCAGUGGUAGACUACUUGUUUUGGACAGGUACAUAAACGAAGACUGUAUAUCAGCAAAAGGUGCUUUUGUUGGUUUGGCACCGCCAGGAGAAGCAGGAUCGUGGCAAAGAGAGUGCAAGGAUUAUCAAUUCUGGACGAGAGCAGAUGAAGAUGGUUAUUUUACCAUAAAAAAUGUUCGUACGGGUGACUAUAAUCUUUAUGCGUGGGUCCCUGGUUUUGUUGGAGAUUAUAGAUAUGAUGUUCCCAUUACCAUAAGCCCAGGUUCUUGUAUGGAAACUGGGAAUCUUGUAUAUGAACCUGCAAGAGAUGGACCCACUUUGUGGGAAAUCGGUAUUCCUGAUCGUUCAGCUGCAGAGUUCUAUGUUCCUGACCCUGAUUCAAAACAUAUUAAUAAAAUUUUUGUCAAUCAUCCUGACAGGUUUAGGCAGUAUGGACUAUGGGACAGAUACACAGAAUUGAAUCCCAAUGAGGAUUUGGUUUACACUGUUGGUGUAAGUGACUACACCAAAGAUUGGUUCUUUGCCCAUAUUCCUAGAAAAAAGGAUGAUAACACACUUGAAGGGACAACAUGGAAAGUCAAUUUCAAGCUGAACAAUGUGGUUCGAAAUGGUACAUACAAACUUCGUGUGGCAAUUGCUUCUGCAACUCUUGCUGAACUCCAGGUUCGAUUUAAUGAUUCCAAAACAAGGCGACCCCUUUUUACUACUGGAUUGAUAGGGAGGGAUAAUUCAGUUGCAAGACAUGGAAUUCAUGGGCUAUACUGGCUGUAUAACAUCAAUGUACCAGGGGCUCAGCUUGUUGAGGGGGAUAAUACUCUCUUUCUCACUCAACCAAGAUGCACCAGCCCUUUUCAAGGGAUCAUGUACGAUUAUAUACGCUUAGAAGGUCCCCCAUCUUGUUAAGUCUAAAACAAGAUAUCAUAUUAUGCGUUAGAAUAAUCUUUUCUUUUUGUGAACAUGUUAGGUUUAAGUUAGCUAGCAUAUAUAUAUAUAUAUAUAUAUAUAUAGAGAGAGAGAGAGAGAGAGAGAGAGAGAGAGUAAAAUGCACUAUCUAUAAUAUGUAAAGUCAAGUUAUAACUGGGAUUACAUUUUGUCACAGCAAUCUUUUCAUCUUAAUAAAAGUUUCAAUUACAGCCUUGGACAUUGUA